AGAACUGCUUUGGCCAGGUGGACCUGUCCUCACACUGAUACCAGCCCUGCAUACGACUCUGGCACAGAGUAUAGCAGGAAUAUCUAAACCAAGGAAUCCUAAAGGCUUACAGCAUUGCAUCCAGAAGAGAGGGCAUGGUGUGCUCUUAGCCACGUGUCAAAAUGCCUAGCAAGAAAGAUCAGAAGAAGGACACAAAGAAGGGUGGAAAGCCUGAACCAGAGAAAAAGAAAGAGGAGGAAAAGAAAGGGAAGGAUGACAAAAAGGGAGGAAAAGAUGAUAAGAAAGGUGGAAAGGAUGAUAAGAAAGGAGGGAAAGAUGACAAGAAAGGGGGGAAGAAGGGUAAAGAGGUGCCAUCCAAGGGUAAAGAUGAUGGAAAGAAAGGAAAAGAUAAAGGGAAGGGUAAGAAGGUGGAGUCUGAGGAGGAAGAGGAUGAGCUCUUUAGUGAUGAGGAAGAGGAUGAAGAGUUUAGUGAAGAAGAAGAUGAUGACGAAGAAGACUCAGAGGAUGACAGAAGAGGGAGGGGCAGAGGAGGCAAAGGUGCCAAGGGAAAGAAAGGGGGGAAGUCUCGACGUGGUGACUACUCGGAGGAUGAGGAGGAUGAAGACGAAGAUGAGGACGACGAGGAUGAUGAAGAUUACAGCAGAAAAAAGAAAUCUAAAGAUAAAGGUGGGAAAUCUGAUGCUGACGCGAAAAAGAAGAAAGGCAAAAAGAAAGAGGAAGUUCCGCAGCUUCCAAUUAAGCAAAUCCCAAAGAAAGGUCUGAAGAACAUGUCCAGGAUGUUCAUGAAGUUUUCUGGUUUCAAGCGGCGCAGGAACAGCAGAAAGAAGCUGAAGAGUACGUCGCGUUUGUUCAUGGGGUUGGGGAGGAGAAAAACCCGACUUGCCAAGAAGAAACGCCGCAAGUCAAUGCUGAAGAACACCUCUCGAUUCAUGAUGAGGUUUAAGGCCAGCAAAAAGAGGACUAAGGAGAAAGAGCAAGCAAAUGGUGGGAAGAAGCCAAGUUAUAUGCUGCUUCGUCUGGGCGGAGGGAGUAAUUCAAAAGAGAAGAAGGGGGGCUUCUUUAAAGGCUUAUUCAAAAAAAAGGAUGGUGACGGGCCUCCUGAUGAGUUCAAGAACAGAAGUCUCUUGCUGGGUAAAGUUGCAGCGGCAACUAACUGGCUGACCAAACGUUUCCUGUCAACUAAAAUGGGGGGAAAUUCAGAACACCACGGUUGGGAGGGACGUAGAGCGCAUGGCCGACAAGCCAGCUCUAGACAUUACCAAAAUGAUGGUUAUGAACAUGGGGAGGAGGCUUAUGGAUACAACCAGGGACAUUCAGCUGGCCAGAAAGGUUAUGGGGACUAUUACGAUAGUUAUGGUGGUUAUGGAGAUGAGGCAGCUGCAGCAUAUGGAGGCCAAGGUCAGUUUGGUUACUACGACAAUGGGGCAGGGGGAGUAGAGUAUCAGGACAUGGGUUACUAUGAGGAGGAAGCACUUUAUGAUCCAACUGCCGAAUAUUAUGAACAAGGUCUCUACAAUGAGGGCAUGGAGGACUACUAUAGCCCUUAUCCCGAUGCCCAAGGCCAUUACAACCAGGAAGCUGAUCCCUAUGGUUACCAGCAACAACAGGCAAUGGCAAUGUAUGGUGAAGAGGGUGUGGACUAUUAUGCACCAGUGGGUGAGGAUCACAUGUAUGGAAGAGCAGUAGAUGGAUACCUUGACCCUCAGACUCAGGGUUUUUAUGAUGAAAAUGGUCAAGGAGUUUUCUACGAUGAUGGACAAGGGGGCUAUUAUGACAAUGGACAUGCAGGUUAUUAUGAGAACCCCUAUGGAGCAACUAUGGGGAUGCAAGGGGGAUUUCAACCGGACCACCAACUUAGCUAUAUUGAUUCUGGCAUGCCCUAUCAGGACUACAGCUCUCAACAGGCAAUGGGUUUCCCACCAGUAGGCCAGCAGGCCUUCGGAGGACAGGGGAUGAAUCAGGUGCAAGGCCUGUAUGGGGACCAGUAUGCAGACCAGAUGGCUCAAUAUGGGGAUGAUAUUGGCGGAGUUCAGGGAGGGGAGAUUACAUUCAGAGUUCCUAGACCUCAAGUGCGCCUCUUUGGUAAAGAGCGUCUGGAAGUGCCCCUGCCCCCUCCACCUACUUUGCCACCUGAUCCAGAAUUUGAAGACAUGUCAGAAAUCCAAUAUGAAGACCAGUUUUCUCUUGCUCCAGGUCAACCAGGUGACAUGAUGUCAUUACGGCCACAAAUGGCAAUGUCGCCGCAGCAUCAAAUGAUGAUGUCUGCUCAAGAUCAAAUGAUGAUGGCCCCACAGAUAAUGUCACAGCAGCGACCGAUGAUGAUGCAACAAGAACAGAGUAUGUCCCCCCAAAUGAGAUCACAGAUGAUGUCACCACAGCCACAGAUGAUGUCACCACAGCCACAGAUGAUGUCACCACAGCAGCAGAUGAUGCCACAACAAAUGUUAUCACCACAAGAACAGAUGAUGUCACAGCAAAUGAUGUCCCCACAAGAACAGAUGAUGUCACAGCAAAUGAUGUCCCCACAAGAACAGAUGAUGUCACAGCAAAUGAUGUCCCCACAAGAACAGAUGAUGCAAAUGAUGUCCCCACAAGAACAGAUGAUGUCACAGCAAAUGAUGUCCCCACAAGAACAGAUGAUGCAAAUGAUGUCCCCACAAGAACAGAUGAUGCAAAUGAUGUCCCCACAAGAACAGAUGAUGCAAAUGAUGUCCCCACAAGAACAGAUGAUGCAAAUGAUGUCACCACAAGAACAGAUGAUGUCACAGCAAAUGAUGCUGCCGCAGCAACAGAUGGCUCCUCAACUGAUUUCACCACAGCAGAUGAUGACAGAUCCAAUGAUGAUGCCACAACAACAGGGUUAUGGCCUCCCCUUAAUCCCUACUCCAACUGCCAUGAUUAUUAAACAAGCAAGUAUGUCCCCUCGUCCUGCACGCCAUCUCCAACCCUCUCCGACUCCAUCCCGCCGCUCUGUCAUGAUGUCGUCCCCUCAGAUGCCACGCCAUCCCUCUGCCAUGCCUUCCCCUGUACCCUCUCCUAUGCUUUCACGUAGACGAAGCCCCUCUCCACAACCACCCAUGAGGAAUGGGUUCAUUGGUGCUCAAAGACCCCCCUCUGUUAUGUUGAGACAGAUCUCCCCUCCUUUAUCUCCCAUGGCGUCCCCCCUCGCCCAGCGUAGAAUGCAGCCUCAGAGAUCACCUUCUCCUCUUACCCGAGGACCCUCACCCCCCCAUUCUCCCCGUGCUUCUUUGAUACGGCGAAGUCCUACAACCUCACCAAGAGCAUCGAUGAGGCAACGUUCUCCACCUUCCUCACCACGUGCUUCCAUGAGGAGGCGAAGUCCCCCAGCCUCACCCACUGCUGCUCGCAGUCCAUUUGGGCAGAGGAGGAUGCAUGGGCCACCCUCUGCUCCACGCUCCCCUGGUCAUGUAUCUGCCCCUCUCUCUCCACAGCUCAGCAGGAGACCAUCUCCCUCUCCAUCUCAUCGCAGUUUAUCCCCUGCAGGGCGCCGUCCAGCCCCAUCAUCUCCCACCCUGUCUCGCCGCUCAACUCGGCUGCUCAGGGACCCCACCCCCUUACCCAGGCUCAGGAUGGGGGGAAAUGUUCCUUUAGGUACUGUCAGACCCUCCCCUAUGGGUCUCAGAGGGCGUCCAGUGCCCCCACCCACCCAGAAUGUGCGUCCAUUCCGUACCACCUCUAUGAGGAGCAAUAGGUCCUCUGUUCUCACAGUGGACUCCUCCCUCUACUCUUCCCCUUUCAACUCCCCUCACAUGGUCCACCGUGCUCCCCUGGGGAGGAGAGAAUCUGGCCGAUUUCCUUCUCGUCCUGUAGCUCGAGGACGUCCCCUCAUGCAGUCCAGGAGAAGGAUGCCCCCUGCUUCUCCUCAACUGUCUCUGAAACAAAUGCGCCAUCCUGCAUCCCCGCGCCUCUCUCCUCGUCUCUCUCGUCAGCCCUCUAGAGCUGCCCAUCCACCUUUUUAUGCACCAGAAGCGUAUGUAUCUGAUCCCUAUGCUGAUCCUUAUGCUGAUCAGCUUGUUGCUCCCUCUUCUCCCAUGUUAUCUAAUGCUUUGCAGAAUCAGGCUAUCCGGCAGGCAUCUUUUUCUUCACCCCUUGGCCCAGAGGUGGUAGGCAUGGGUGAAAUGGCUCCUGAAUAUGUAGAACCUUAUUAUCCCUCAUCCCCUAACUUGACUGGCGCAAUGCAAAUCCAGGCCAUUCGGGAUGCAUCCUAUGUUACCACACUUCAGAGACCAAUGUCACCUUAUGAGCAGCCUAUGGCUCCCUCAUCUCCCAUGCUGUCUAGGGCUCUGCAGAAUCAAGUUGUACGAGAUUCAUCCUACGUUUCUCCUUUACAAAGACCAAUGUCACAUUAUGAACAACACAUACCACCUUCCUCCCCAAUGCUUUCUGGAGCUCUGCAGAAUCGGGCAGUGAGAGAUUCAUCCUAUGUUUCUCCUUUACAAAGACCAAUGUCACAUUAUGAACAACACAUACCACCUUCUUCCCCAAUGCUCUCUGGAGCUCUGCAGAAUCGGGCAGUGACAGAUGCAUCCUAUGUGUCUACCCUUCAUAGGCCUCAGUCCCCAUAUGCUGCAUCUGUGCCUUCAUCUCCAAUGCUCUCUGGAGCCAUGAGACAUGGUCAGGCACUAAGAGGUGUAUCUUCUUAUCAGACUCCACAGCUUCGUUCACCUUACGGGCCAACUGUGGUUACCCCAUAUGAUUAUAUCUCUGAACCUGGCCCAGCACCGUUGCUCCAUGAUGCCCUGCUGAACCGAGCUGACCUGCAGGGUGUUUCAUCUUUACGAUCACCAAUGAUGCAACGGCGAGAUCCUUAUGCCCCGGUUGGGCCUCACCUCCACAGCGCAUUACAGCAGAACCCUAACCUCCGCCAAGCGUCUUAUCAGACACCUAUGCAGCUCAGACGGUCCCCUUAUGGGCCCCCACCACCUUCUUCUCCAAUGCUGGGAAGUGCCCUGCAAAACCCACAGAUGAUGCAGGCAUCGUACCGCCUGCCAGACGGAACCUUGGUGUCACCAUAUGCAAAUGUACGUUCCUCCCCUUUGCUUGGCAAUGCUUUGCAAAACCAACAACUCCGUGGCGCCUCAUACACAUUGCCUGAUGGAUCAGGGAUCAGGGACCCACGUGUGCCCCAGAGGUCCAUGUCUCCAAACCUUUCCAGAGCUCUUCAGAACCAGGAUCUCAAGACUGCUUCAUAUACUCUCCCUGAUGGCACCAUUAUAGAUCCCAGACAGCAACAAACUAUCUCCCCAAACCUGGCUAAGGCCCUGACCAACCCAGCUCUGCGUGAAGCCUCUUACACUCUUCCUGAUGGCACCAUCGUGAUUGACCCCAGGAAACCGAAGUCCCCGAACCUGGCCGCCGCACUUCAGAACCCUUACCUGAAAAGCUCGUCGUACACGCUGCCAGAUGGCACGAUCAUCAUUGAUCCACGGAAACCUGUCUCUCCAAACCUGUCCGGCGCUCUUCAAAACUCUAUGCUGCGAGACGCACCCUUCAAAUUACCAGAAGGAAUGCAUGACCCCAAUAUUCCCUUAUCACCACAACUGGCCAAUGCCCUCAACAACCCUGCCUUGAAAGGAGCUUCGUACACGCUCCCAGAUGGAACUAUCAUAGUGGACCCGAGGAAACCAAAGAGCCCCAAUCUGACGGCCGCCCUGCAGAACCCCUAUUUAAAGGGUUUGUCAUAUACCCUCCCUGACGGAACCAUCAUUAUUGACCCACGGAAGCCAGUUACCCCUGACCUGUCUAAGGCUCUUUUGAAUGACAACCUUCGAAACGCAUCAUACCAUCUCCGUGAUGGUUCCCUGGUUAUCCCCGGCCAGAAGCCCAACCUUUCAGGGGCCCUGAGGCAAAACCAGGCACUUCGAUCCACAGGUCUCUAUCGCCUGUCAGAAAACUCUGCACUGUCAGGCGUGCCUAAACCCACCCCUCCCAAUCUCACCUCAGCAAUGCAGAAUGGGGAACUCCAUGGUGUCAGAUACAGACUGCCGGAUGGAUCUCUUCUCACACGUAAGUUCCACAACCCCAGUCUGAACGAUGCCAUCCAAAACCAGCAUCUUCGCUACGCCUCCUACAGGGUGCCAACGGGCCUGCAGGGUGAGGAUAACCGCUACGCUGUGAUUCCUCCCUAUGGGCCACACUCAGGCCACUGGGCCAGGAAUGCCCCAGGAGGUGGAGGAGGGGAGGGAGGGGAGGACGUUUGGGCAGCUGAGAGGGUUUUACCACAUGGGACCGUCCAGAAUCUGUCAAAGUGGGCCAUGUACAGAGAAGACGGAGUGCUGGAAGGAUAUCUACCCACGGCUCGAUUUUUUGAUGGACAACAGGACCCAGACUGGACUCCUGACAGAGACAGAGCACCUGGUCAGAGCUGGUAUGACAAGAUCUUCUCCAUCCUGAGCAUGCCCACGACAGGCCACAGGGUGAAGAACUGGGUGGAGGGAAUGGAGGACAUGACACAGCUGCCUGAGCUGAAUGAGACCACAGUUCUGAUGAACCUGAAGAAGCGCUACGACCAGGAACACGUCUAUACGUACAUAGGCAGCAUCCUCGUGUCUGUGAAUCCCUACAAGUUGCUGAACGUUUACGGCACAGACAUGGUGCUUCAGUACGAAGGCCGCGGCCUGGGCGACAACCCUCCUCAUCUUUUUGCCAUUGCUAACCUCUCGUAUACCACCAUGAUGGAUGCCAAAAAGGACCAGUGUAUUGUGAUCAGCGGAGAAAGCGGGUCAGGAAAGACGGAAGCUACGAAACUAAUCCUGCGUUACUUGACAGCCAUACAUCACAAACGCAACAUCACACAACAGAUAGAGAUCCUGGAGGCCAUGCCCGUGUUGGAAUCUUUCGGGAAUGCCAAAACAGUGCGCAAUGACAACUCUUCACGCUUUGGCAAAUACACGCAGAUCUACAUGGAGGAGGGUGUAAUCAGUGGUGCCAUAACAUCUCAGUACCUGUUGGAGAAGUCUCGCAUUGUCUUUCAGGCCAAAUCAGAGAGGAACUACCACAUCUUCUACGAGAUGUUAGCUGGUCUUCCUCCCCACGAGAAAACCCCACUGUAUCUGCAGGAAGCUGAGACUUACUACUAUCUGAAUCAGGGAGGGGAUUGUACCAUAGAGGGGAAGGAUGACGGAGAGGACUUCAGGCGUCUGCUGAGUGCCAUGGACAUACUGCGUUUCACCCCAGAGGAGCAGAACGGCAUCUACAGACUGCUGUCCUCUGUUCUUCAUCUGGGGAACGUUUACUUCCAGCCACACCAGGCUGAGGGUCAGAAGGUUGCGUCGGUGGUGAGUGGGCAGGAGAUCAGGGUUGUCGCUGAGCUGCUGCAGAUCUCACCCGACGGCCUGCAGAAGUCUGUCACCUUCAAACUGACAGAUACAGCACGAGAGAAGAUCUACACUCCGCUCACAGUGGAGAGUGCCGUGGAUGCCAGAGAUGCUGUUGCCAAGAUCCUGUAUUCGCUACUGUUCAGUUGGCUGACAGAGCGCAUCAACGGACGGGUCUACCCUCGCAACGAAGCCCUCUCCAUCUCCAUAUUGGACAUAUAUGGAUUUGAGGAGCUACAGGUGAACAGUUUUGAGCAGUUGUGCAUCAACUACGCCAAUGAAACUUUGCAGUUCUUUUUCAACAGGGUCAUCUUCCAGGAGGAGCAGGAGGAGUACAUGCGGGAGCAGAUCGAGUGGCAGCAGAAGCCUUUCAGCCACAACCAGGCCUGUCUUGACCUCAUCGCUGCGAAGCCUCACGGGAUACUGCGCAUACUGGACGACCAGUGCGGUUUCCCUCAGGCAACAGACCACACCUUCCUUCAGAAGUGCCACUAUCACCAUGGAAACAACCCGCUGUAUGCCAGGCCAAAGAUGCCACUGCCAGAGUUCACCCUGAAACACUACGCUGGGAGGGUCACCUAUCAGGUGAGUAAAUUCUUGGAUAAGAACUUCGACAUGGUCCGUCAGGAUGUGUUAGACCUCUUCACCCAGAGCAGGAACAAAAUGGUGUCCAGCCUCUUCCUGAAGCACUCGGAGUCUCAGCAGCGGUCGAACGUUCGUCGCAGCAGCGCGGCCCGACGCCAUCAGGCCAACACGGUCAGUGCAAAGUUCCAGAGCAGCCUGCAGGAGCUGCUGGAGAAGAUGGAAAGGUGUAACCCUUAUUUUGUGCGAUGCAUCAAGCCAAACCAUCAUAAGGAGCCGGGAGCGUUUGACAUGGAGCUGGUCAACGCUCAGCUGCAUUACUCUGGUAUCAUGGAGACCAUCCUUAUCAGGAAGGACGGUUAUCCAAUCAGAUUGAACUUUCGCAGUUUCUUAUCGAGGUAUAAAGGCCUCCUCUGCCUCAGGGAUCUUCCGCCUGCAGACGGUGAAAACUGUGUCAUCAUGCUCCACAAGCUCGGCCCGGUGAAGAGCGGCUCGUACCAGCUGGGAGUCAGUAAGAUUUUCCUGAAAGAGGAGUUGUAUCAGCUGCUGGAGGGGAAGCGUGACCGUGUGCUGCACCUCGCUGCCAUGACGCUGCAGAGAUACACUCGCAUGUGUUUUGUCCGAAAGAACUUUAUCAAGUUCCGGCGCCGCGUGACCCUGUUUGAAGCUCGCUGCAAAGGCUACGUGGCGAGAAAAAAGUUUGCUCUGAGGAGGAGGUACCUCAGAAGGUUCCGCUCGGCCGUUCUGCUUAUCGUCAGCCGCCAGCGUUACAUGAGGACAGUGGUGGAGCCAGCAAGGAAGGCAGAGGAGGAUCGAGUCAAUAGAGAAGUGGUGAAUGUGACAACACUGCCUAUCCCCGCUGAACUGGCAGCCCUGCUGCAGGUCGCCUCAGGUGGUGAAGAGCUGCAUUCUGACUGCUUGGCUGUGGUCCAGGCUCCAAAGGUUCAGGUUGACCCUCAGCUCACCCUGCCCCUGGACAUCAACAACUACCUCAUGACACACUACAUCCGGGCCAUAUUUAGGGAGCCGUUGUUCGGGUUGCUGACAGCUCCUCUGGAUGGUUCUCUGAUUAGACAGGAUGAGGAGCUGAGACAAGGAUCCCUGAACAUUUUCAUUCUGAUACUUCGGUUCAUGGGUGAUCCGAACCUGAAUGGGGCUCAGGAGAACCUGUUUGGGAACUACAUCAUCCAAAGAGGACUGACCAAUCCCAGCCUCCGAGAUGAGAUCCUGGCUCAAGUAGCCAAUCAGGUGUGGAGGAAUCCGAACAUCUUGAAUUCAGAGCGUGGCUGGCUCCUCCUCUCCUCUUGUCUCUCUGCCUUCCUGCCCUCUCAAAGACUGGCCAAGUAUCUGCUGAAGUUUGUGUCUGACUACGGUCCGGAGGGCUACAACUGCGUGUGUCAGCACCGUCUGCUUCAGGCUCUGCAGCGGCUGAACGUCGGGCCCGAGUACGUCCGGACGUACCCACCCUGUCUGCUGGAGUGGACGGCCAAUCGCAAGAGAGCUCACACUGUCCUGCACAUACACUGCUUUGAUGGUGUGUCCUUCCUGUGUCCUCUACACUCCUGGACAACAGGAGAAGAAAUGGCCAAAGACAUCUUACAACACAGGGGUGUGGUGGAGGGCCGUCGAGGCUGGUCGGUGCUGUUGAAGGAGCCGGCCCAGUGGGUGGAGCUGGAGGGCUCUGACUACGUCCUGGACUUGAUGUCGGACCUGGAGCUUCCUGCCGACUUCCCCAAACACAGCAGCUACUUCAUCAUCUCUGCACAGGAACCGACCAGAGUGCGGACCAAUGCUAGCAUAAGCCUGUUGGGCGGUGGCUUUGACACAAAGGAUGAUUUCAUAUCUUCACCCAUACCCGGGUAUGAUGACUCGGAGCCCCAGAGAGGGAUGGAUCGUUAUCUCGACAGCCUGUUUGACCCUGUGCUGUCUGAUGGAACUGGGGAAGUCGAGUCGGCUGCAGGACUCUCCAGCAGGAUGAAGGGGGCCGGAGGAGUUGGAGGGGGGUGGCAACAGCAGGGGCAGUCCACGGGCCCCCCGCCUCCACCUGGAGCUGUGAGAGUCCUUCCUGUGGGAGGUGUGAUGUCGCCUCGUGUUGCAGCCGUGGCACCUGUGACACCUGAUGCACAGCAGGAUGUUUUGGCCCGGCAGCAGCAGGCAAUCGUGAACCAGCAGGCCAUCAUCAUGGCUCAGCAGAUGACCAUGCAGGCCAUGGCCCUGGUCAGCCCAGUGUCAAGCCCUCCCAUGUCCCCGAUCACGAGCCCUCCCUCGAGUCCUCUGCCUCACCACCCUACCAGCCCAUACGCCCCGAGCCCCUAUGCUGUCAUACCUCCGAGUCCGUACGCGAACAUCCCACCCAGCCCUUACGCCAACUUCACUCCGACUCCCUACGCUGCCACACAAAUCCCGCCAAGCCCCUACCCUCUCCCAGCUCAACGGGAACAAGCUCCCUCACAGCCCCGAGCUCGGCCUCCCGCUGAGCCCCAGACGCAGCCCCGAGCUCGGCCUCAGCCUCGGGCCGCCAACCCCAAACCCCAGCUAAGCUCCACUAACACUCACCAGAAUGAGCCAGCAAAGCCCAAAGCUAACCCGGCCGCUCAGGCACAGUCAGGUAAGGACAGCGCUUCUCGGAGGAAAGCUCCAGGCAUCCCCAUAAAUAAGGACCAGCCGGCCAGGAAGUUUGCCCCAGUGGUGACGAAUCCUCCGCCCCCUGCUGGAGAGGUGGUGAAGCACUCAGCUGGGACCAAAGAUCAAUUUGUCCCCAGCCAAGACAUCCAAGAUAUCAUCAAAAGAUACAACUCACCGCCUCCACCGACAGAUCAGCUGCCCCCAGGCAAGAGGAGACCAGAGGGGAAGUUCAAGAAGAAGCAGACCGCUCACGAUGAAGCUUUACAGAUUCUCAAACCCCAGAUGGACAACCCUCCUGCUCCCCUGCCCAAACGCACAGCUGCCCCCUCACCCUCCACACCUGCAGUCAAAGAGGUGGGAUUAAAACCCAGCAAGAGUAUGAAGACGAGAGCACCUGACCGUCCUCUCCCCAAACCUCCUCCAGUUUCUCGAGAGCUCCCAGUCGAGACAGAAAGCAUCCAGACACAACUUCAUCAGAGCACCAACGAAGAGCACUACACCUACACCAACGUUCCCUGGAGACUGUACCUCAGGAAGGAGGUUUUCUAUCCCAAAGACAGCUUCAACAAUCCAGCGGUGCUCGACCUCAUUUUCAAACAGAUCGUGAAUGACACUCUGUCAGAGGCGUGCGUUCGCAUCACUCGUGAUGAAAGGCAGAAAAUGAAAGCUCUUUUCGCUAAACACGGGGUGGAGCAGAAUAUGGAUCCGGUGGAGGAGCACGUGAAGAAAACAGUUGUGACGGCAGCGAGGGAAACCUGGGAAAUUUACUUCUCCCGACUCUUCCCUGCCUCGGGUAGUGUAGGAACAGGUGUGCAGGUGUUAUCAGUGUCACACAACGGAAUUAAGCUGUUGAAGACCGUAAAAAGCAGCGCUGCCGCCCCAGACUACUUCAGAGUCCUGCGACCGUACACCUACGCAGACAUCUUGUUUGUAACCAUCCCGUCAGAGAACAUGCUGGAGUUCAACCUGACCAAUGAGAAGCUGAUCCUGUUCUCAGCCAAAGCACUGCAAGUCAAACACCUCAUAGACACCUUCAUCUGCGAGAUCAAACGGGACUCAGACUACGUGAUCGCUGAACGUAACUUUGUGACGGACGACCGCUCGAUGCUCAGUUUCCACAAAGGAGACGUCAUCAGGCUGCAGGUCAUGGACGGGCUGGAGAAAGGUUAUAGCUACGGCUGUGUGGUGAGGAAGAAGGUGGUGUUUUUGGAGGAGCUGAAGAGAGACACUCAAGACUUUGGUUGGAAGUUUGGCGCCGUGUUCGGCCGCUCAGGUGCAUUUCCGGCCGAGUGCGUCCAUCCCGUUGCCGCUCCUGACUUCCUGUCACUGCCACUGGACCGUAAGGCAGAUCCUCGCGGGGGAGCGGGACAGUUUGCUGUGUCGUCAGCCGUUGCUGUUGCCGUGGCAUCCACCAUGGCUGCACAUGAGAUAGAUCAGACGAUUGAGAAAGUUUCCCUCGAUGGAUUCCCUGAUGGAGAUCUGGAUGAGAGGAGCCUGCAGGACAGUAAAUAUGACAUCUUGGAGUUUGCCAGGAAAUACUUCAGACGGGGACCCAGCGGGAAGGGAGAUUCCCUGAAAGCCAAAAGCAAGAACAGAGACUCCAGGGAGCCCAGUGAAAUGAUCAAGUUCUCUAAGACCCCUCUGACCGAGUCUCUGAUAGAGUUCACUGAUGCAGCCAUGAACAGAGUGGCCGCUGAUCUCUUCAUGUUGGCCAUGCGGUUCAUGGGUGAUUCGCCAUCAAGGGGACUGACGGAGCACGAGGCGGUCAGCACGUUCCUCAAGCUCAUAGGAGAGUUCACCUUGAUGCGGGAUGAGGCUUACUGCCAGCUCCUCAAACAGGUUAAUGGCAACACCAGCUCCAAACCUGAUAGUUGCCAGCGAGGCUGGAGGCUGCUGUACAUCCUGACUGCUUUCCAUCGCUGCUCUGAAGUCCUCAAGCCGUUCCUCCUGAAAUACCUGCAGCAGGCCUCUCGCAGCGCUGGGGCUCAGUAUCAGGGUAUAGCUAAAGCAUGCGAGCAGAACCUGAAGAAGACUUUCCAAUAUGGCGGCCGCAUUGUUUCGCCCAACAGCAUGGAGCUGAAAGCUAUGAUGGCGGGUCGAAGUUCAAAGCGCCAGCUCGUUCUGUUUCCUGGAGGAAUCGAACGCCAUGUGAAAAUCAAAACCUGCUCUGUUGCCCUGGAGGUGAUUGAGGAGCUGUGCUAUGAGAUGGGUUUACACAGGCUGGAGGCCAUGGAGGAAUAUGCCAUAUUUUUAGUCACCAACAGAGGUCAGAAUGUGCGUCCUCUGAACAAACACGAGUACAUCCUGGAUGUUGCGACCGAGGCCGAGGUGGUCGACACCAACUACAGCUUUUGGUUCAGACGAGUCGUCUGGACUCAACCGCUCAAGUUUGAGAACGAGCUGUGUGUGGCGAUGCAUUAUAACCAGAUCCUGCCGGACUACCGUAAAGGCCUGCUUAAUGUGCUCCCCGAUGGGAAAGUGAGCGAUCAACAGUUCCACCAGAUCUCCAAACUGGCAGCUUUGCAGCACAGAGCCAAAGACAUUGUCUUCGUCCCCAGCAUACAUGAAUUAUCCGAGUACAUCGCCGCACCUCUGUUCAAGAAGCAGCCGCCCCAGCAGUGGGUUACCAUGGUGACGCAGCACAUGCAACAAGUACAGGCCCUGAAUCCGCACCAGGCCCGAGCGCAGUUUAUGGGCCUGAUCAGUGCGUUCCCCAUGUUCGGCUCCUCGUUCUUCUACAUCCACAGCAGCAGCUCCACUACCUUCUACGCCCCCUGCAUUGUUGCUGUCAAUCAACAUGGGCUGCACUUCCUGCACAAAAAUACCCAUGAGCUGAUGGUAGUGGUCCCCCUGGUGGAAGUGCAGUCCAGCCGCACCCAGAGGCCCACUGCUGGAACCAGUUACCCGUAUGUCGACCUCACCCUGGGGGACAUGAACACACAACGGGUCAUUCAGAUGCAGCUGGAGCAGGGCCUGGAGCUGUGUCGAGUCAUCGCCAUGCAGGUGGAAAACAUGAUGUUAGUGCGGGAGAAGAGGCUCACCCUACCACCCAGCGAAAUCACCAUGUUAUAACACCGUGCUGAACUGUGCACACACACUUAUAAGCGCACACACACACACACACACACACACACACACACACACACACACACACACACACACACACACACACA